CUUUUUUAUCGGUGAUUCUUCAGUGCAGGCGUCCACCGCGCGGUCAACAAUCUUCUUCUCGCCGGUGUCGCUGUCAAUGGACGCGAUGGACGAUCGAAUUCCAAUUGCAGCUGAGGCUCUGAGCAAUCUGAAUGAGGACCAGAUGGAGGCACUCAGGGAGUACUUCGCGGAAAGUGACGACGAGAGCGCCGAAGCGCUUUCCACGUCCGAAGAGGAGGAGGAUUACGAGGACGAGGACGACUCGGAGGAGAGCAGUGACGCUGACUCCAUCGCGGCAGCCUUCGACGCCAUCGCCCUGCACGACCUCGAGAAUCCCUCGGACAUCGAGUCAGACGACUCCGCAUUCAGCAGCGACGAUGAAUACGCCGAAGACAGCGAUAUAGAGGAACAACAAGUGUGGCGGGAUAUGGUGCUCGGGCAUGUCAAAGCCACGACGCUCGUUCGCGAGCACGAUCUUGUGCAGAUGCACGAAGACUACAUGAUGCAGCUGUAUUUCGCGGACGAGGAACUUGCCGAACUGAACGGCACGAAGUACGUAGAAAUAAUGAGGCGCCAGGAUUCGUCUCCCCGGGUCCGUGCCUCGCAGAUCCUACGCGGGCGCGACAUGGACGAGGUUGUCCGCCAGCUCCGCAUGCGCUCGAAGAGGGAAGUGAGGACUACCCCACCCGCUCUCCUUGCGCGCGGAGCAGUUAUUCUCGCGCAAACCCUCUUCAGGACGGAAAGGAAAAUCAAGAACCUUUACGUUCGCGAUCCGGAAGACGAAACGAGCUCGACCUCGACCUCUGAUCAGAGUACAGACAACGAAGAGAAUGUUGGACGCGGAAUCAUGACCACAGAUGAGGAAUGGAGUGCAGAGGACGAGGAGAGCAUUCAGGAUGCUCAAGUCGUGGAAAACGCUCUCGGUGGCGCGGGGAAUCGUCGUCGUGUUGAGGCCGAUCCGGACGAGAUGAUGGUCACGGACGGCACACAGUGAGACAAACUCGCAGGUUGUUACUUUUCUCUGCUACUCUGAUCGAAAACCACUGGUUCAAUCUAUGUAACUUCAGACUCAUGUAGGUAGCCUUCGUGAUCUUUCCCCAGCGCUGAUGUACGAUGUACCCUUGUAUUUCGACCCAACUUGAAUUCCAUGUUCUCGACGCGAGCUAUCACCCUCACGUGAUCGUGACUUGACGCGUCC